AGACUGGUAGAGUCGCAUCUCGCGCGUCAGUCUGUCGUCGGAUAUCGGAGUGGGUGUGCGUACUGCCUAUCGCGUCUUCCGCGCCGCGACAUUUCGGAGCCGCCGUUGUCGGAGCACGAUUCGCUCGGGCGACAAACGGUCACGUCGCGCGUUCGAACAAAGCGUGUGUGUAUGUGUGUAUGUGUGUGUGUGUGUGCGCUGCACCGUGCAAAUAUUAGCCGCGCUGAGGUGCCUCGCUUGGAGAAAGACAACGAAGAAAGAUGGUGGAGGCUGAUGAUUGAAAUCGCGCGGACGUGCGAGAGAGGUGGACAGCGAGAAUGCCCGAUGAGUGACAGAGAGCAAAAGAGGUAAAGCGAGAGAGAGAGAAAAUAAAGUGCUGACGUUUCGAGUGUUUGUCGUUUCUCCGGGUAAACGUGAAGCUUCGUGUUUGACGGCAAACAAACGGAUACGUUCCUCUCGCCGGGAAGGAGUUUCAAGAGCGAUUCCAAUUAACGGUGCAUCCGACUAACGUUUAUCCGACAGCAAUAUGACACGCGAAAUUUGAAUCGCGAAAAUCGCAAUCAUCCGUUAUCCCGCUGCCAACGUUGCGCGCGCGCGCGCGCAUCAUUUGAAAUUCCGAGUAUUCGGAGCGUCGUGCGAAUCGACGUGCUGCCAACUUUUGUUUCACGACGGAUUCGAAUCGUGCGUCUCGAAACGCGGUAUCGGUAUCGCAUGACGCGAACCACGAAUCCUCAACGGACCGAACUGUCGCGACUUGGGGACGGUGCGUAUCGCCGAGUCCCGAUGGCGCGAUCGUGCAUACAUUGUCGAGAAAACGGCACGAAAACUGUAGCGCAGUGACGUCAAUCGUGCAUUCGGCGAUGCAACGCGAAUUAUAAGUCUCAGCCCACGAAUCUCGAGUUUUCGCCGCGAGUGUUAGAUCGCGAGUGUCGAGCGACAAACUUCGUCCGACAACGAAAAAUAUUCGACGACGAUUCACCACCUCGUCGCGAUAACUGAAACAUAUCGAACGGUGCGAAGUAGGCUGUUUGUGCCGGUUGUGCUCGCGAGUGUCAAAGUGAGUAAAUCGACGUUCAACGAAUGGACGUGACAAUGUCGACGACCAGCGUGCGUGCCAUCGUCGCGCUUUCGAUACUGUCGACGAUCGGCCACGGCAACGAGCUGAAGGAUUACUGCUCGAUAUACAAAUUUCACCAUCUACCGGGUGGCCUGGGCUUCACGAAAGAGGUCGUUACCACGGAGUAUGCCAACGUGGGUGCGUUCAAGGCUCUUCACUGCUGCCUCAGGGGAUACAGGAGCAUUGAGUGGUACAAGGACAACAGAGCUUACCCAUGGCCAGGUGGAGAGAGCCACUUUAUCCUGUAUCCCGAGAGCGCGAAUCAAACGAUCUACACGCAAGAGAUGCGAGCAUCGGAUGCGGGACGCUACUCCUGUCUGGCACGUAACGACACGACUACUCUGGAGGGCGACAUCACCCUCGCUGUAAUCGAUGCGGAAUCGGGUGUUUACAAGGGGAAACCACUGCCCACUUACAGACCAGCGUCGCAGUUGGUGCCGCUGGGCGGUACAGCGAGGCUCUUUUGCGAAGCUUACAUGGCCAAGGUCGGUCUACCUGAUACCAGAAACUCUGUCACCUGGUCGAAAAACGGCAGCAACGUCACCCUGCCCAGUCGUGGCAGGAUAGCUCAGAACAACGUGUCCCGGGAAAACGACCAGAUAAUCGGUUCCUACUUGGUGAUCCAGAACAUUGUCCUCGAGGACUAUGGCGAGUACAGAUGCGAGAUCAGCAACGGCGCCGACGAGGAUAAGAUUACGUUGCACGCUCAUGUGUAUCGUCAAGAACCGCAGUUUACGUUGAGUCUUCCGAACGGAUCCUGGCGGAAGUCUCUUCUGUUGGCGGUUCUCGUCCUCGUUCUUCUGUUAUCGGCCGCUGCAUUUUACGCCCGUUGCUGGCUGCCACUUGCAUUACUCUGCAGGGACAAGUUUGGUCAUCUCGAGGAAAACGACGGGAAGGAAUGCGACGCUCUGGUGUGCUAUCACGAGAAGGACUCGAGUCUGGUGAUUGGCAUCGUGAUACCUACGCUGGAGUCUAGACAUCGAUACAAGUGCACGCCGCUGGAGUUGUCCCACCUAAAUCACAAUUGGUGCCUGGAGAUCAAUCCACACGCCAGCACGGCUCGACGGAUCAUUGUUCUGCUCAGCCCGGCAUCCCUGGAGAACAACUGGACGGACGCGAGCGUCGGCGCGGUGCUGAAGCAAUUGUCGUCAUUGCCCACGCGGACGAUCAUCAUCACCCUGAAGGGGCUACCUAGCACGACGGCAACGAUCGCGAAGCGAUCGCGACGCGAUCGUCGCGACAUCGAUGACAUCUCCUUCGAUCGGCUGACGAUUCUACGCUGGCAGGAUGGUGAUGGUGAUGGUGGUGGCGGUGGCGGAAGUGGUGGCAGUGGCAGUGGCGGCGGUGGUGGUAACGGAAGCGCUUUCGGCAGUGGUGGUCGCAAGUUUUGGUACAAACUGAGGCUGGCGAUGCCGGCGAUGCGGCCAGUGACAUCGCAGACCGGUUGCCAAUCGGUCGCGAUGAUAGUGCAAGCCAACAGCGGCCAGCAAAAGGCUCACUCGCGCGAGAGUCUCGAGGUACUCGUUUAGGAGUAUCCGUAUACGCUCGCAUUGCUCUCGAGGACUCGAGGUGAGAGGAAUCUUUUGUCCUCGAUAACGCGAGAACCCGUGAGAAUUCGCGAGUCCGCACUUGUCCGUUCCGAGUUGGAGAUUCCGUGAAAUACCGAUACUGAUUUAUAUAGAGGAAUUAUCCAUCGGACAAUCUCGAUUUGUCUUGUCGAAUCUUGAGAACGAGGCUCCCAAGGUUCACAUUUAGGACUUUUAUCCACUCAUCCCGAUUCUCAAAGUUUACGCGAAAGAAUAAUUCCCGUGCGCGCUUGUCAGGAAGUUUUUUUUUUUUAAAUUCAACGUUGCCGCCUAAAGUGUGUUACGUAUCUGUAUGAACGUUUGAAACUUUCCACUUUAGCUUGAAAUGCAAAAUCCUUCUCUCGAAUCUCGAUUUCGGUACUUUGUUGAGGGAAAAAAUGGAUUUGAAAUUAGUAAUGUCGCGAAAUAUCUGAUGAAUCUCGAGGCAUCUAGCGCGCAAGAUGCGUGACUUUUGUUCUGUCACAGCCACACCGCAGUUGGACUUGUUUUAGAACGCUUUGUAGUACGAAGCGCGAUUACGUAAGCGGGAACGCCUAAACGGGGAUUUAUGCACACCUUUGCAAGGCGCAACUCUGCUCUCCUCGAUCGUAUCGACGUGGCAGUGCGAAUCAGCGGUGCGAAGCGUGAUUCUGCAUGCGCGACAAGCGCGUCUGCGGUUUUCGAUGAAAAUGUUAAAAAUGUAGAGACAUUCGUGCGUUUUUGAUCGCUGGACGAGUGCUGAAUGUUUGAUGAGAAUGUGAAAAUUUGAGAAGAAAAAAGAAAAAGAAAAAUCUCGAAAAUGACAAACGGAAGAGGCGGCAGGAAAUUUUCUAAAAGAGGAGCGAUUCUUGAAAAAGUGAGUUUCUUUUUUUUCACCGAUUUGUAUCGCGAGGUUUCUUAAAAACACGUAUGACGGGCUUAGAAAUGUCCAAUUGAAAGACUUACUGGCGGUACUUUCACACGUUUUUCGGCGAAACGUAAUAACUGUCGGUGCAACAUUGUAUAACAAUUGUGUAACAACGUUCAAAUCCUUGGCGUUCAUUUUUACAGUCGCUUUUUCUCGCAACAGUUGUUUCUGUUAACUGCCGAGGGGAUCUGUGCUGUUACGUGGCGAAACACACAAGGAUCCCUGUAGCGUACCGUUGUACACGAGAUGUUCGAGAAAUGAUGCAAUAAUCCAUAAUAUUUCAAAACGUAACAAUCGAGAUAUUCAAGAACGCGAGCGAGCGUAGCAAUCGGAUAAUAUUUCAUUUCUGAAAAGCGACUCAAAUUUGAUUGAAUUUACCAGGCAUUUCGUUGUGAGACCAAAAUGAAGCCAGCAACUGCAUAAUUGAGAAAUAUUGAUAAUGCUGCUGGCGCGUAGUACAAUUCUAUAAACGAUUUAAGCUUAGGUAAAUGUAAAAAUAAAUUAACAGUCUCAAAUUUGCUUAGCACGAACCUCGAUCGCGAAUCUGAUAUCGGUAAAAAAUCAAGGAUCGAAACAUUGCAGUCUUCCUUCUCGUGAAUGCGACGAGAAAUCUGAUGCCGUCGUCUCGUUAUCACCAUUUAUCACGUCAUUUGAUUGUUUUCUUUUUCUUUUUUUCUAAAGCGUUGCAAGUAUUUAUCCCGUUGAUCAGCGCGUACUUUGGCUGCGUUCCGAUAUUUGACUGCCAGUACAGAAAGCUAUAGUUUAUGUCACUAUACUAUAUGUAUACUAUAGAUUUUCAGUACUGGCAGUAAUAUCGGAACAUGGGGUUUAUUUAUAUGUAACCUUGCGUAAAUAUCAAUUGUUUCAUUGAUAAAGCAAUUUGAGAGAUUUGAGUUCUUCUUUCUUAGUUUCGAAGAAUCAAGAGUCCAAAAGUUUCCAAAACGAUAAAAAUUGAAAUGUUGAAGCUUCUAAAUGUUUAUGUACCUGAUUUCACAGGAAUCCGAGGAUAUAAUUAUUUAGAUAUAUUUGUACAGUACUGAGCGUAUUGUCGCGUUUAUGCACUCUUGAUUACGUAAAAAUACUGAUUAAAGCAUUAAAACCAAACGCGGGAUCGUCGAGCAUUGUCGCGCACGACAUUUUUCUAAAAUCUGAUUUAUUCCGAGCGAUAUCGACAGUGUCGCAUUAUUGUUCGAUAUAAUUCAGACAUCAGUUGCCUCGAUGCGUUAAUAUAUAAGCGUUUUAUACAUAUUAUACACACACACACACACACACACACACACACACACACACACACACACACAUGUAAAGGAUAUCUCACCGGACAGUUCCGGAACUCUCUGAAUGCACAAUCGGCGUACAAUGUCCAGACGUUCAGCGCGAAUUAUCUUUUCAAAGCAAGAUGGAGAAUGAAUUUGCUACAAUUCCUACAAUAUUUUCCUUCGUAACGUUUUCAAUUUAAUUUAAUUUAUAAUUUUUAUAAUAACUUUGUGAUUUAUACUUGUAUAUUAUGACCUGGAGAUGCUCCGCAUCGUGCAAACUAACAAGUUUAAUGAACUUGUACUGACACGUAAAUUCACUAUCAUAAAUUGACCGUUUAUAAAUUUCCAAGCCUCAGUAAUCGAUAUUUUAAUUGAAAAAUCGUGAUUGCUUAUCAAUUGCUAUUGCACGGAAUAUCGAAUGUCCGUGUUUCAGUUUUACAUCAAUUGAUAAUCUACCUAGUUUGAGUGAUGCCAGUGAUGCCGUCGGUCUCGCUCCAGGCAAUUAAAGUUGAAUCCGAAAGUGCACGUGAGAAUCCGGACGAAUGGGAUUCGUACGGACGAUAUCACAAAAGCGCACCAGCAACAGCAGCAACAAUAAUAAGGGAUAAAAGAUGUAGGAGAUAAGUGUUAUCUGUAAUUAUAAUCGUGAUCGUAAUCGUAAUUUAAGUGAUCGAACUAUGGCGGGAAUACGAAGCAGUGAUAGGGACGGAAAGGUGGAUUGGGACGUGUGAGCUUAAUUUUUAAUGUCGAUAGCGAUUAUUCUCUUUACUGUCAGUAUUACGACACACUAGUGUACUCGUCUCGCCAGGAUGCCCAGCAAGGAACAUUGCUAAGGAUUUGAUUGCGAGCCGAGUAAGCAGAGUAUAGAUGUAGAAUUGUACUUGUACGAACGGUCCCACCGUUUCGGAAAGAGACCCGAAUAAAUCUGUCGAAAAGAGGGAUGUAUUACCCUCUCGUGAAUACAGGGUGUCUUGAGGAGAAUCAAACAGGUUCUAGGAACAAGAUAGGGAACACCUCUAAUUGAGCUGAAACUUAAUAGACGAUUACGACAUCUAGUAAUCAUUUAUCAAUGUCUCAUCUUCGGGUUGUCAAGAGUUAAAAAAAUAAAAUAUAUAAAUGGAAAAUAACUCGAUAAAUGUACAGUAUCAACACCAUAUAUACAUUUACUAAAUCAAACCCUAACUCUAAUUGUGGUUUGGUUUUUUUUCAUUUAUUUUCAUUUUUUGCGUGAAUAGUCGGUAACUCGAACGAGAGAACACGCAAGUUGCGCCUGACAGCAUGACAACUCGGCAUCAUCAAUACGCUGAAUCGCCGCAUACACGGACGUGAAUCCUGAAUAUUAAAUAAUCUAAAAAUAGCCUUACUAAAUUAAUAAUUAAUGAGUAUCAUAUACUAAAGUUAUAGAUUCCAAUUAUAGCUUCCGAUUUAAUAUGAUUAUAGAAUAUGCGUAUGUAGGGAGUUUUUUCAGUCAUAGUUUGUUUCUAUUUUUAUUUUUCUUUAUACCUUUUAAAUUAUAAAAGACCUGAAAAGAUAAGACUUUGAUAAAUCAUAUAUCAUAACAGUAUACACCUAUCAAGUUUCAGCUCAAUCGAAAGAGUGUCUCCUUCCGGACAGCUCAAGGUAGCGCAAGAUAGCGCGCGCGAUCCUCUCGAGUUGACUUUUACUUUAUCAAUAUCUUCAAAUAUUGCGCGCAUGUUCUCACAUUGUUUUGUACACUAAACGACUCUUUCCUAGAUGUAACAAAUUUAAUAAAGCAAUAAGACUUGAGAUAAAUACAUUAACAUGACACAGCACGAGGUGAUUUCAAUUCGAACAAAAGAAAACGGUCCCUUUCGGAAAUGAGCCGUUCGUCAUUUUAUUUCCUUUCUUUUUUAACCAUUUUUUAUCCGUUUUAUCGUUGCACUACUCUUCGAUAAAGCGAAUUAGUGAAUGAUUUAUAUACUUAAUUAAUUAAUCUUUGUAUUUCGACAAUAAAGUCUCGGAUAUUAAGGAUGUAGAAAUGUCGUCGGCGUUCUCGUAUUUACUGUAGAUAGGUAAUAUCGACAAAAGAGUUGGGAUUGCGCAUGUAUAAUUUUAGGCGUAAAUGUUUAUCUGCCGUGUGUCCGAUUGAUUGAUUGCUCGAUGGUGUGAAUGAUAAAUGCCGUUUACAUGUGUAAGACGUUCCAAUUGUUGAUAGCGAGAGAAAUGUGUGUUGUAACGUAAGGAUAAUAUCAUGUAUAUGCUGUAUAUUUAGGUCCCGCCUAGGGUGACUGGAUGUAGCUCUAAGCAGUUUUUAAAGAACGAUCGCAACUUACUCCUCGGACGCUUUCGUUGCUCCUUUGUUUGACAGUCGACGCCAAUUAUAGAAUUUAUUCAGUUUUUGACAUCCGAUUGAUUUUCGUACAGUUUAAUUUAUUGAUUCCACUUGUUUUACUCUGACGUUCGUAAUGCAUGUACCCUUACAACAAAUAAAAUGCAUGUAUUUUGACAAGUAAUAAAAUGUCAGACGUCCAA